GAGCACUUCCGGCCUGCAGGCGGAAACGGGACCGUUCUCCUGGAGCAGAGUGGACAACGUCGUCCCCGCGGACCGGAGCGCGCGUGGCUGGUUCCUACACGAAUCCUCGGCCGCCCCGGGGGGCCGGCAUGGCGGAGGAGGGCGCCGCGAGCGCUUUGCACCUACUCUGUCUCGCCGCCUCCAGCGGAGUUCCCUUGUUCUGCCGGAGCAGCCGCGGGGGCGCCCCCUCCCGGCAGCAGCUGCCCUUCUCCGUCAUCGGCUCCCUCAAUGGCGUGCACAUGUUUGGCCAGAACCUGGACGUGACGCUGCGGUCCGCGCGCACCGAGGACACGGCCGUGGUGUGGAAGACUUUCCACGACAGCGUCACGCUCAUCGUCCUGUCUUCAGAGCUUGGGUCUGCGGAGCUCAGACUGGAGCGGCUGCUGGAGCUGGUGUUUGGGGCCAUGGUCCUGCUGGUUGGCCUUGAAGAGUUGACCCAAAUCCGCAACGUGGAGAGGCUGAAGAAGGACCUGAGGGCCACUUAUGGCCUCAUUGACAGCCUCCUGGCGGACACGGAGCUGGCGGGGGACCUGACCCAGUGCGUGGACUGCAUCGUCCCCACAGAGGGGCCACUGCUGCAGGAGGCCCUGUCGGGCUUCGCCGAGGAGGUGGGCAGCGUCUUUGCCAGCCUGGUGGCCGGCGGCCGGGUGGCGGCCGGGACAGAGGGCUGGUGGCGCCUGGGGGCCCCGGAGGCGGUGUUGCUGCCCUGGCUCGUGGGCACCCUCCCUCCCCAGGCCGCUCGAGAUUACCCCGUCUACCUGCCCCACGGGAGCCCCACGGUACCCCACCGGCUCCUGACACUGAUGCUGCUGCCUGGCCUGGAGCUGUGUGUGCUGUGUGGGCCUCAGCCCCCUUUGAGCCAGGUGGAGCUUCAGGUCCUAGAACGCUGGUGGCAGCCGGUGCUGGAGCCGCUGAGGGCUUGCCUGGCCCUGGCACCCAGGGGGAUUCCUGCAAGCUUCCCCCUGCACCCUGACAUCCUGGGGCUCCUCCUCCUGCACCUGGAGCAGAAACGUGGCCUCUUCACAGUGGACCUUGGUGGAAAGGAGGGUCCUUCUCCCAGUACCCGCCGGCGCCUCCUACGCUCUUUCUAUGUGCUGGUCACUGCCACCCACUUUCCCUCAGAGGCAGGGUCAGCAGAGGAAAAGGCCAAGGAGCAGGGGUGUGCAGCGGAGGUUCCCCGGGCCUGCUACAUGGUGUCUGGGGCAGCCCCAGAGGGCGGGGAGGAUCCUGGGGCCGGGCUCAGGCUGGUAGCGGUGCAGGCAGGGCCCCGGCGCCUCCUGCUGCUGGUGAGUCCCCAGAGCCCGACCCACGCCCUACGGGGUCUGGCCACUCGGACCCUGCAUGCUCUUAGGCUGUUCCUCUAAGCCCCCAAUAAAGGACCCGGCCUGCCCCUGAA